AUUUAAUUACUCAAAGUGCGCACAUGUAAACAAGAGACGCCUGGAAGUGACUAGAACGAAAGAGACUGGCUAAAACCAUCCUAAAACCAUGGAACCCCACAUGAAAAAGAAACGGAAGAAGAGAAAGAAUUUCUUGCGCCAGACGAAACAUUAUGCGAAAAAAGGAAGUUAUGGCAAAGGAAAGGAACUCACAGAUGACCAGUAUAGAUAUUUCAUCAACAUUUUUGAACAUCUAAGAGAAGUUCAAGGAGAGGAGAAAGAGUUACUUGUAAACAACUUUCUUAAUGGAAUAGUUGAGGAAGAAGAUGCAAGGAAACUAGCAGGUAACCAAAUUGUAUCACGGAUUCUUGAUGAUGCUUUACAAUGUGGUGAAGCACUGCAGGUUCUGUCAUUUACCAAAAUUUUCAGUGAAGACAUACGAAUGACGUGCCUAGAUCCCUAUGCAUCACACGUAUUACAGACCUUGAUGGCAUUGUCUCUGAAGUUUACACAGAAGCAGAAAGAGAAGAAGAAUGCAGAGGUAGGUGAAGUAGGAAGUGAAGGAGAAAAGCAGCCUAUUACAAAAAAGAACAAAAGAAAGAAUUGUUCGGCUUUCUUAAAUAAGGUUGGACGACUUGUUUACAAUAACUUAGAUGAGUUCAUUCGAGACACAUAUGGAAGUCACGUGUUGCGCUCCAUAUUGGAGACUUGUUCUGGAGUACAAGUGAAGGAUUCCAUUAAAAGUAGCAGAAAGUCACAGACUAAACAUUCUCUUUGCCAAAAUGCGGGACAGAUUCUCAGAAUUCCUGCUGAAUUGCAGAGUUUACUUCUUGAUAUCGCAAAUCGCUUGAUGAAGCUUCCAGAUUUACCAGGUAUUAUUACAAAUGAUUGUGGAUCUGCAGCUUUUCAGUCUGCCCUUCUUGUACUGAAAGGAAUAGAAAGUGAGCAGUGUGCUACUUUGAUGGAUCACAUUUUGUUACAUGGUUUAGCAAAUAUUUCACCCUCAUAUUGUGAUAGUUAUGAUGAAUUACUCAACAUUCCUCAUGUGUUUCAAAGCAAUCCAGCAGUACGUUUACUUGAAGUAAUUAUGUCUUGUGCAACGGCUGAUCAGCUGCAUAAUUUGUAUACACAGUAUUUCAAGGGACACAUAUCAGACUUGGUUAAGCACCCCAUAGGUAACUUUGCUGUGCAGAAGCUCCUGUUAACAUGGCAAGAAAAAGAAAAGUUUUAUGAAUUGUUUGAAGAGGUUCAAGAGUCCUUAGAAGUAGCCUUGAGCUUCAAGUAUACUGGUGUCGUACAUGCUCUUGCUCAGGCAUGCCGAAGACUUGAAAAAAGCCAAGGCCAGUGUUGGAAGGCUAUAACACACCUGCUUAGAUGUUAUGAGCCACAAGAUCGCCAGCUCAAAACAGCACCUUGUUUGCUUUGGUUCUUGAAUUAUGAUGAAUAUCAGAAAAGAGCUGCAGCAGGACAGUUACCUUCAGUUUCGUUACAUGGUUCCCUCAUACUGCAAGAUUUCCUGAAUUUUAUUAGAACCAUCAAGAUUGUGGACAGCAUCUUAGCUAUGAACUUAGCAGAUCUCCAGUUUAUGGCAUGUGACCCCUGUGGCUCUCAUGUCAUAGAUGCCUUCACUUCCAGCUCUUUUAUAAAGAUCAACAACAAGGAAAGAUUAGUAAAUAGCUUCAAAGGCACUUACGUGGCACUUGCAUGUUCUAAACAUGGAUCUCGUAGUCUUGAAGCAAUGUGGAAUAUCUCCUCUAUCAAGUUGAAGACAGGAAUUUGUGAGGAACUAUCCACUGAGGAAUUCAAACUGAAAGCAAACCAACAUGGUACUAUUAUCUAUUCUAAAUUCAUGGUAAGACUGUUUAAGAGAAAUGACAAGCAAGAUUGGCAGCAAGUAGUGGAUAGUGCAGCGAAAAAGAAACGGUUGUUAGAUGAUCUUUUAGACGACAUAAAAGAAGGCCAAAGACAGAAGGAGGUCAUGGAGAAUGUUGUCUCCUGUUGGUUGAGGCAGACGAUUUUGAGAGCCUACAAUAGUUAGAAGAACCAAAAAAGAAGAAAAAGAAAAAGAAAAAGGAAGAGGCAUCAUAGAUUGCACAGAAACUGGACUGCAUGGUUGUUGAAGUUUAUGAAUAAUCUGUAUCAAGAGUAGCAGAAGUAAACACUCACUGUACCGACCGCUAGUCUCAGAAGAGUAAACUUGGCAAUAACCCUGUCUCUAUCACAUCGAGGCUGGAUUCCAUCAACAAAACCAGCUCUCAUGUGUUCCCAAGACUUCCACACUGAUCCAGAGCAAACUAUCUGUAGUCCUUCAUCUGUUGUUAAUAAAGUCUGAAAAAAAGUA